AGAAUAUUACAAGCUGUUAGAGUUUACGCAAUGGUGUCACUUAAGUCACUAGUUAUCUCCUUAGGCAUUGCACAAAUUGCUUUGGCCGUAUGCCCAGACGGCUGGAUCUGACGAGGCCAGUCUUGCUAUUUUAUUUCGGAAGAUCGACACCGAAAUGGGGACUCUGGGAUGAAGUGCAGGUCAGAAAAUGCGACUCUAGCCCAAGUGGAUGAUACUUACGAAUUAGAAUUCCUCAGAGCAUUGGUCAAGCGAUUUCCAACAGAUCCAACAAGCAAACAUUUCUACUGGAUUGACGGUGUGCGAGGUAAUAGUAACCAUUGGUUACGAAAUAGUGACCAUGCCUCUCUUGCCUUUUUCGCCUGGGGUUCCGGGGAGCCUAACAACAGAUUUGGAGGGAACGUUUGCUUGGCGUUAUAUAACCAUGUAGACUUUUACUUCGCGGACACUUCCUGUUACGAAAACGGCCAGUUCAUCUGUGAGUUGAGUGAUCCUGUCAAUCCAUGCAUACAGACAACACCGCCUCCUACUAACUCCACAACUGGGGCGUGGGUACAAUUAGGCUAACUAAAAGGUGACGUAAAGGGCCUGUCACACCUAGCCGAUUUGGGUCGCCGGAGCUUUACCGGAGCACAGAUUUGGUGAUUUUCGGGGAUCGGUACUAGUACGGCAGAGCAAUGGUAUCACAUCGCUAAGAACGAUAGGACAUCGUCGGGACAUCGUCAGAAUAUCGGCGAAAAUUUUAGCAACGGGCGGCGACGUUGAACAUGCUCAAAAAUGUCCGCCGUUGCGCUGCCGGAGCGAGCAACGGGACUACAACGGCAGUACUCCAGUAUGACUUAGUUGAUGGGUAGCGCCCCGUAAUGGAUCAGCGGCUCUCCGUUGGCCUCAAUGUGUACCGUACUGGUACCGAUGUGAUACCAAAGUACUACCGAAUACCACCGAAGUAGCAUUGAUGCGCCUCCGAUGUACUAACAACAGAAAAGUAGUAUUUGGUAGCACAUCGGUCAAUUUUGAUUUUAUUUUUGAAGUACUUUCUCUCCGGAGCUCUGCCGAUUUUCUCGCUGUAGUCAAUUUUCUGCUCCGGUUUAGUCCCGGCGAGGUACAUCGGUAGUGUGUGACAGGCCCUUAAUGGAUCGGUGGAUGGCCGGUCGGUGUCACAUGCUUGUAUAAGCCUUAGUUUGUACUGGUAUAUGGAAUUAAAAUAUACACCAAUAG